GGAGUUCAACCCCCUGACAGACAGUCUGCUCCCGCAGGGCUGCCCAGGAGGGCUCCAUUCGGUCUCCUCCGCCCCUGGGCGGGCUCCCCUCCUGUGAAGACGGCCGAGGCCUUGGUUUGGCUCCGCCCCCCCCCCGCGGGCCCUUCAAGCGCUCCCUUGGGCUAGGUUGCCAGCCUCCAGGCGGGGAGGCCGGGAGGCUGCUGCUGCAUCUGACCCCGGAAGCGCCUCCGGGAGAGGGAGGGGAAGGACCCGGCCACGCCCACCUCAAGCAGCGGCCCCUCCCUCGGCAGCUCUCGCGAGACCAGGGCCUCCGCUCAUCCCGCAGGCGGGGCGGGGCGAAGAUGGCGUCGGAGGCAGCGGGGCCGCCCUUGGGGAGCACGGAGGAGAAGCCGCCCGUUGCCCGCGCCCUCUGGCUGGGGGGAGAGCCGGACGAGCGGCUGCCCUGUCCCCAGGAUCGCAACCACCGGAUCCCGAAGGCCGCCCUGGGAAAGCACGAGCUGUCCUGCCGCCUCAGGAGACAAGGCUACUCCAAAGCCGAAGAGGCUGCAAUGUAUGAGUCUUCUUUUUUCUAUGAAAAAGCGAAGAUCCCUGGUAUUCUAAUGGAUAAGAAUUUACAGUUCCACAUUAUUAAACAAGCCACUGCUACAGAUGGUGGAAGUUAUUGCCCAGGUGCUUAUUCUGCUCCGUUUGUUGAAGUUCCACAAAACCACAAGCGAUCCAUCUGUGAUCUGACCCAAGCUGAUCGCCUUGCAAUCUACAAUUACGUCCUUGUGGAAACCAGGAACCAGAGAUCAAGAUCUCAGUCGACAGAAAAUGACAGCGAUCUCUUUGUUGAUUUGGCAGCAAAAGUCAACCAAGAUGAUGGUCAGAAGGGUCCAAAAUCCCAUCUUGAAAUUCUCGCAGAGAUGCGGGAUUAUAAAAGGCGGCGGCAGUCCUAUAGAGCGAAAAAUGUUCACAUCACAAAGAAAUCCUACACAGAGGUGAUCCGGGAUGUGAUUGGGGUGCACAUGGAGGAACUGGCCACACAUUGGCAGGAAGAAAACAAAAACCUACAAGGUUGUGAAGAUGGAAGAUUGUCUUCCUCAGCAAAACUUUCGGGAAGAAAGGAAGAGUGCAGGUCUGCCUCAACUGACUCCAGACAGUCCUAUGGAAGCUCAAAGGAUCCAGGCAAACAGAAGAAAAAUCAGGAAAAAGAGAGAGAUGGAGAUUCCCGAAGGAAAAGAGAGAGGUCUAUGUCACUUCACUGGUUUUUGUGCCUUGAUGAAGUAUUACGGUGCUUAAUGCACCUGUGUUGAUUAAUUCUUGUUAAAAGGUUCAAAGCCAGAAAAUGGCUGGCUGGGAAAUAACAUGAUGUCCUCCAUAUAAGCAAAACUCAACCACUGGUUUAGUAUUAACCCAAAGGGACACAUUCUGGGGGUUUUGUACUGCUCCUAUGUAUUCUAGUUCUAAUAUUCUUUCUGUCCAGAAUUUUAGCUUUAAAACAAUUGUACCUAUAGUGACUCAGACUGAAAUGUUAAAAAUGGAAUUAAAUUUUGUUAUAAUACAAA